AUGAGAUUCAAAUUUCUUGCAGGCCUUAAUCAACAACUAGAAAGGGUUUCAGAUUUUUGUUAUCCACUAGGCUUCUACACGAAGAAGGAACGUCGGCAGGCUCGUCUGACUGCCAAGAAGCACGCAGAUGUAGUGACAACCUUGCUUGCUGACUGGGAGGUGCUGCGUCGCGAUACCACCGACACAGUGAAGAAGUACGAGCUCGUGGAGAAGAUGCUUACUGCUGCCAAAACGAAGUUAAUGGAUCUAAGCCGAGCCCACGAUACUUCGCGUAUCAUCGAGUCGAUGCUGCAGCUAGGCACAGAGGCGCAACGGUGGGUCAUCUUUGCAGAGUUAAAGGACCGUCUACGCUACCUCACCAUGUCUCAAUAUGGCAAGCACGUGGUGCUUAAACUCAUCAACUAUGGUGCCAAGGAGCAUCGACUCGAACUCUUCAAGCUCUUCCGGGGUUACGUGGUAAAGCUGCUUCGUCACAAGCACGCAGCUGAGGUUGUGGAGGUGCUCUACAACGACUACGCGACGGCAUCACAGCGUGCGCUCAUUCUGCAGGAGGUCUAUGGUCAACAAUUUGCCUUUCAGCUCACUGCCAACAAUGUACAGCACCUUCAGCAAGCCCUCGACCUCAAUCCUGAGAAGCAAUCUACAAUAUUGGCCAAUCUCAAUGACCUUCUCGUCACCAUGAUCUCCAAGGGCCUAAUGCGCCUAAGCAUUGUUCAACACCUUUUGUUGGAAUACCUCAGAGUUAUGCUGCAGUCGUCUGACCUUCUCAAGCUCCAAACAGCCACAAACACCCCUGCAGAAACCACUAAGCUAGUUCAAGACGUGAUGGAGUGUACUGCGGAGGAAUCUCAGACUCCACGUCGCGAGGAUCGACUGUCCGCUUUAGUUGAGACCAUCCUCGAAGUUGGUAUCGUCUCAAUGUUGCACACUCGCGAGGGCGUGAAAGCCGCCUUGGCGGUGCUUUGGAUUUGCCCACCAAAAGAACGCAAGACUCUAAUUAAGUCAUUGCGAACCUUUGUUGUGUCUACUGCGGAGAAUGAGCAUGGGCAUAUCUUCUUGAUGGGUCUAUUGGAUGCAGUAGAUGAUACGAAACUGUUGGCAAAAACUGUUAUAAAGGAGCUGUUGGAGGAUCUGGAGGACGUAGUAUGCCACCCUCACGCACGCAAGGUCCUUCUUUAUGCCUUAGCUCCACGAGAGCCGCGUCAUUUCGCACCUACGCUCGUCUCCGCUUGUCUGGCUGGUGGAGACGACUCACCCUUCACUAAGAAGCCCCUCGCCGUCCGGGCUAUGGAGCUGCGAACGCCACCAGUCUGUUUGCUGCCAGCCCUUCUUCGCCUGGUUUCCGAACCGGUGGAGGGAGAAAAGGAGAUCGAAGAGGAUGACCCACUGAUUCGCCUCUUUAUAGGCAGUGCGAAACACACUGCACCACUGGUGGAUAGGUCGAGAGUGGUUCUGCUCGCGGAGAUACUCAUUCGAAGUUCCGCCUACGAACUUCAAUUCUCCACCGCAGUCAGUUGUUUUAAACGCACUGGAAUCAAGGAGGUCGAACGUCUUGCUGCAGCAGAGGCAAAAUCGCCUUCCUUCCUAACGCAAGAGGACCUAGCAGAGUUGGGGCAAGCACGGACUCGUGCUCUGCGUCACUUUGUGGCGUCAGUUCUAGCUCAUCCCAACUUCCAGCCUGUUGGCCUACCGACACACCCAUCUCAUGGCUCUGCUUCGGCUGAGGCCAAGCGCAUGCUCCAGAUGCAGCGUAGGAAACGCGCUCUAGCCAUUGCUAUGGCAGAAGGUGUAAAGAAACGAAAAGUGACAGUGAAAGCUUUCACCAAUGUAGAGGAGGAUGAUGAAGAAAAUGACGAGAGUGGGAAACUGGGAAAUGCAGCUGAACCGAUGGACACUUCUACUCCCGAAAACUAUACUCUUCCUCCAAACGUACCAUUUCUGGAGCGUCCAGAGGGUCAACUGCUUGUCAGCCGACUGUUACAGAAUGAGAAGAAGAGCGGUUCGCAUGAAUUUGCACGUCUUGUGUGUGAGCUGGUGCCGGAAGUGACACUACAGGCUUGGCUUACGUGCAACCGAUCGUGCUUCACCCUGGUCCACCUAUAUGAAUUGAACGACAAAGAGGUAUGCGACCAAUUGAAGAAGGCAUUGUGUCCUCGAAAGGACCUGAUCGUGGCUUCUCCGUUGCCUGGUGCCAAAAUUCUGGCAAAGCACCUGUUCUUUAACCUCUGA